CUGACACACAUUUUGUAAAAUCUAAAAUGGUCAAUGCACAAUCAUUAAACACAGUUUAAUAUAACUCAUUGUUGUUCCUCUGACGUCACCAAGAUCAAAGGACAAUCCAGUCUCCCGAUAAAUCUAUGAGAAAAUACGAUCGGCCAAGAAUCAAGGUUGUGUGAGGGUUGCUAAGCUAAAUGAGAAAUUGUUCUCCAAACAAAUUCCAAAUUAAUUUUACAAGGUAUGUGCGAACGGAAAGAAAAUAAAUGGCGAUAUUCUGUGUGGUCCAAUUAUGCUUUGAGUAUAGCGUUACAUCCAUUUGACUAUGCCAAAGUCCUGAUUCAACUGGGCUAUGAACCGAUCGCCCCCAGACCAACUACCGAUUUUUUCGGGAGACCCGCCCUAAAGCUGCCCAACAUUUUCGAGUACGUCCAUCACAUCAGAAGCAUCGACGGCAUCGUCGGCUGCUACAGAGGCCUCACUCCGAAGAUAUGCGGCAAUUUAUUAAGUGCCGUGGUCCGCCAAAAGAUCAUGGACACAAUGGAGCCGGUGGAGGUGGAGAACGAAGAGGAGCUGCAGAAGAUGCGUCUGGACACGUUCCUAAAGACGUUGAAGUGCCACUUCAUCAGCCACACGGCGGCGAUAAUCGUAAGCCAACCGUUCUCCGUGAUCUCCGUUAGAAUCAUGGCCCAGUUCGUCGGCAGGGAAACGAAAUACAACGGUCUCGUCGACUCCAUAAGCGAAAUCUAUCACCAGCACGGACCUCUGGGCUUCUUCACUGGUCUAGUGCCCCGCUUAAUCGGCGACAUCCUCUUCGUGGUACUCGGAAGUACUGUAACCUUCGCCCUAAACUCCUACCUGGUAAAAGACAAAGACAUGCAAAUUUACACAUGCGCCGCUACUUCCUUUCUGGCGACGGCCAUCACGCAUCCUUUUCAAGUAGUCUCGAACUGCAUGAUCGUCAGCGGAUCAGGAUUGGUUGCCGGAUCGCCGCUCUACAUGCCCUACUACAGCACAUGGAUUGACUGCUGGAAAGACCUGCAGUCCAGGAAUCAAUUGAGACGGGGAUCGAGAUUUCUUGUUCGAUAUUAUAUUGGUGAAACGAACAAGGGUUGGGCAUACUAAUGGACGAACAAUUUUAUAUUUUGUAGAUGAUAAUUAUUUAUAGAAAAAUAUAUACGUUUCUGUAAAUCCCCAUUGUUAUAUUUUUUCGCUUUCAACAUCUAAUAAAAGACUAUUACAACUG